AAGUUUCAGCUCUGUACAGUAGAAUCAUCUUGACGUUGGUAUUGAAGAUUCUGAUUUUGAUGUUGGCUUGGAGACAGCUGUUUCCAGUUUCAUGUGUUCUUCAAAUGUAGGAAUACUGUUCUUGCUUUGCCAAUAAUUGCCUUAACAUCUGCAUCGAAUCCUCCUUGUUCAUUAAUGAUGCCAUGUCAGUUGGUUUAGAAGUUUGGGUGCAUCAUGCUAACCAACUGAAAGCAACUUCGAUAGACAACAAUAAGACCCAGUAUAGAACAGCUCCUGAAGUUCUACUGGACACCUUUGAAAUCACACCCCCUAGAACAGAUAGUCCAAUUUCUUUGCAAGCAAAGAAUGAUACCACUUCUUUAUUGCCUAAACGAUGGGCAAAUCGAAGGCACAGGCCAGUCACGAGUUUGCAGUUGGACACUAUCACCAGAUCCUACGAACCUGCUCAAAGGGGAGGUGUUAGCGUAAUAUGGAUUGGAUUAAAGCAAGUUUCGUGCAUGCUUGAGUUGGGGCACGCUGAUUGGCUAUUUCUUAUCACAUCAGCGCCAGUGGAUACUUGGAAAAGACUCAUAUAAAAACUAUUAAUAUACUAACGUUCUUCCUAUUGCGCUUCUUACUUCCAUCUACCCUUG